AUGCUGACUGGAACGCGGGCGUCGGUGGCGCGUCCGACCCGCGCCGAGAGCGGCCGCGGGGCGUCCACGUCUCGCCCCGGGCGUCUCGCGAGAGUCCUUCGCCGCGCGUCUCGAUCCCCCGGUGAGGUCGCCGACGCCCAAACCCCCGACGACGAGGACGAGGACCCGCGCAUCAAGCUCGGCGCGGUCGCCGCGACGUCCCAGAUUUUCAAGAACAUGCCCAAGCUCGAGAGGAAGGCGGAGAGGAAGGCGGACGACGACCUCGCGAUGCUCGACAACCUCGUGGACGGCGACGACGUCGAUGCGUCGGAGUGGUUCGGCGGCGGUGGACGCAAUUUCACGAGGCUCGUCCAGCAACAGGGCGACGUAUGCGCGGCUUCGGAGUACCCUCCCGACUCGGAGGAGGCGAGGUUGGACGAGUUCUGGCGCUCUCGAGGAGUCCGGGAACGGGCGUACAGGGAGCGCCUGGUGGGAAUGGGCGCCACGCUCGCGUCGGAGGUUGCCGGCCGGAGCCUCUACCGCAACCCCGACGUGCUCGGCCACCGGCUGGACCGCCUGCAGACCGUCUUCCCGGGCGUGGACGUCGCGCAGAUGAUGUGGAAAUCGCCGGCUGUGAUCCAGCUGCCGAUUCGGACGAUCGUGUCGCGGUUCGUGUCCCUGCGUUGGGCGCUCGUGGGCGUCGGGGACGUCGCCAAGAUCGUGGAGGGGCAACCGGGGAUACUGCUCAGGCACACGGGGGAGAUCGCCGCGGAGAUGGCGGCGCUCAAGGCGGAGUUUCCGGAGGUUAACGUCGGCGCUGCGGUUCAGAGGGAGCCGUCGCUGCUCACCGCUGAGUGCGACGUGACGCGGCGGCUUGAACGACUGGCCGAGCUGAGGAAGUUUGGUAAGCUGAGCCCGUCGAUGCGGCUGUUCUACGACGGCGGCGACGGGUCGGGCAACGCGAUGCUCUUCGCGAAGGUGUUCAUGGAGGAGACCAAGCCGCACGACGGAAACUGGUGGUGA